GAUUACUGAGUGAGCAUAGCACUGUCAGAGGUGCUUCCUUUCAGAUCAGAUGUCAAGCUGAAGUCCUAUCCAUAUUAUCAGGCGGAUAGAAAGGAUCUUGUGCUGUAAUUUUGAAAGAAGGCAGGGAAGUUAUCUUUGGUGUUCUGGCUGAUAUUAUCUCUCAAGCAGCAUCACAAAAAAAAAUCGAUGAUUAGCUGGUCAUCUCUCAAGCAGAAUCUCUCUCACACACAUAAAAAUCACAGAUUAUCUGGUCAUUAUCACUUGCUAAAUGUGCAAAUUUAACAUGCUUCCCCUGUAAUAUUAUUCUGAUUGCACUUCAAAAAGAAAAUCGCGGCUGAAAGGGACUCGUAUAUAUUCAGUAAUCGUGAAAGUCUCUAAAUACAUACAAAAUUUCUGGCGUUUAGCUGUCAGUAGGUCAGGAACGGUUUAUUCAGAUCACAAUUUUCAAUUGCGUAUGUUUCGGUGAUGAAAAAUAUCGGCUUUUGGCUCAUUGCACUUUGAACUGUAAUUGAUGAAGAAACGAAAAUGAAAAUGCAAGGUACAUCAUAAAACAAGUGUGCAGGAAGAUGGCCGCUGACAAGCAGGUUUUAAUCUCGACUGAGGACUUAACCUGCUCUAUCUGCCUGUCCCUGUUUGUGGAGCCGGUGCAGUUGGAGUGCGAGCACAAUUUCUGCAAAUCCUGCAUCCAGGCGUAUUGGGAAAACCAGGGGAAGGUGGUGUCCUGCCCGGAAUGUCGCGCAGUUUCCCAGCAGAAGAGUUAUAAGAAGGCCAGAGUGUUGGCCAAUCUCUGUGAGAAAGCCCGGCAGCUGGAGCUGAACCCGGGGCUGCAGCAGGAAGGGGGUUCCCGCUGUCUGGAACACGAUGAGAAGCUGAAGCUGUUCUGUCAGGACGACCAGGCUCUGAUCUGUGUCAUUUGUCGAGAUUCACCCGCACACUCAGGCCACAGCUUCCUGCCUGUCACUGAUGCAGUGAGAAAGUACAAGGUCCAGCUGCAAUCCCCCUUGCAUUCCAUUGAGGAGAGAAAGAACAGGAAAAUUGAAUUGAAGCAUCAGCAGGAGGAGAAGAUUUCAGAACUGGAUGAACUCACACAAUUCCUGGAGCAACACAUCUCUGAACAGUUUGCCAAAAUUCAACAAUAUCUUGAAGACAAAAAGGCAUGCUUAAUUAGAGAACUCCAAAUGCAACGGGAAGAUGCUUUUAAAUUAAUGGACUUAAAUUUGGCAGAAAUUAACAAAGAAUUAAAAUCCCUUGAAGAGGAUGUAUCGAAACUCCAAGCUGUCAUUCACCAGGAAGACAAUAUCACUUUUCUCAAGGAAAUGAAAAGAUUGCCAGAAAGAUACCUUGGGAGUGAAAAGAGUGAAAGUGAAGAAGAGACAAGUGAUGAUGUUGGUGAAGAUGACAAUAAAAAUGAAGGUGACAGUGAUGAUGAUAAAAAUGAUGAUGCAAGUGAUGAUGACCAUGAUGAUGGUGAAAUUAAUGAUGACACUGAUGGCGAUGAAAAUGAGAGAAUUGAUGAAGCAAGUGAUCAUGAAUCAGAUGAAAAUGAUGAAGACGUGGUGGAGUUUAGUGACCUGAUACUGGGAAAGUUCAGGGGACCUUUGCAAUAUGCAAUAUGGAAGGAAAUGAAAGAAAUCCUCUCUCCAGUUCCAGCACCACUGCUUUUUGACCCAGACGCAGCACAUUCUCAGCUGACCGUGUCUGAUGACCAGACUAGCGUAGAACUCGAUGACAUGAAGGUUGUUAAUGAGUCGGAAUAUCUUGAUAUCCUGGGAUCAGAAGGAUUUACAUUUGGGAUACACUACUGGGAGGUGGCAGUGGGAGACAUCUCUGACUGGCUUAUUGGUGUAGCCACUGAGUCAGCCACUGAAGAGGAAAUGGUGGAUAUUUUCCCUGAACAUGGAUAUUGGACUCUGUUAUUGAGAGAUGGAGAUGAAUAUUAUGCUAAUGAGACUCUGAAAUUGGAUGUGAAACCCAGGAUCAUUGGUAUUUACCUGGACUAUGAGGGAGGACAGGUGUCAUUUUAUAAUGCUGAUGAUAUGUCUCAUCUCUUCACUUACACUGACACAUUCACUGGAAAACUUUUUCCAUGUUUUGCUCUUGUUUGCAAUGAUAAUGUUGAAAACAAUGAGCCUCUUAGGUUGAACCACUUACUAAUAUGAGACAUUAAGCUAUAGAGGUUCAUGAGAAUAGAACAGAAAUGGAUGCCCGGAUUUUCCACUGCAUCAGGCAACCGUUAUUACAGUGAAGAUGGGGUAUAUCAGACCACACAAUUUCCAUCAUAGCAUUCUCUGAAGGAAUUGCCUUGUAAAUAUUUUGUUUGGCAAUUCCUCUAUGACUGGAAUCCUCCAGAAGUCUGCAUUUGGCUUUCAGUUGAUCUGAUGAAAUUAAAUAAAGCAAGGACACAGGAAAUGUUAGGCUAUUAGAUAUGCAAUAUAACUCCUGAGUAACUAUGAAAGAGAGCUCAAUCUUCACUAAGGUACUGCAACUGCACAUUCUCACGGACCCCUUACAACCCCAGACUCAACAUCCUCAAUCCCCUCCCCGCUAGAAUUUGCCCUUCACCAGACCUGACAUUGUCACCCCUCCCCCUGCCAGACCCUCCCCUCCAGCACCCGCAGUCUUUUCUAACCUUCCCUCACUGCCCUGGACCUGAACUCCACAAAUCUGGCACCAACCCUGCCCAGCCCCUUCCAAACCUGAUUUCCCCGCUCAUCCUGAGCUACCCUUAAGACUGCAUCCCUUAUCUUGCACCCUUGCAUCCUAACCACCUGUCAACCCUACCCACUACUGAUCUGAUAUCCUACUCCUGCCAGCUUGCUCUGUGCAAAACUAGUCCCCUACUAACCUGUCACCCUACUAACCAAGCUCUGUAGUCCCUAUUCAUCUGGCAUUCUGCCCAGGCCCUUUACACCAUCCCUAGCUGGCAUCCCAAUUAAAUAGCAUCCUACCCACCUGGCACCUGGCUUACCUGACAGCCUAUCCCUCCUACUCAUCUGGCUCUGUAUCCUUCCAACACCUUAACAUCACGCUUGCAGUAGCUGACUGCUAUGCCUUCCUCUGACAGUUGUGCCCCUAUGAACUAACAUUGGAAACGAAGCAAGGCUCUGCGUUUCUGACAAAGGCCUCAGCAGAAUCUCCUGUUGGAAAUCCAGAGCUUCCUUCUUUCAUUAAGAAAAUAGAAUGGGCGGAGUGCGUUCUGUGCGAGAUUGCCAAUUUCUUGGAAAAUCUAAAUCUUAAUCCUUUUGCAGCAACUCCUAUAAUCCCACAAAUACAGCAGGGACCUAGAACGCCCAGCGUGCAGCAAGUAUGUUCUGUUCAACGUGAAUAACAAACUGAUAACAGGUAGAAAUACUAUCUGUGUAAAUCAUUUUCAGGAGAGGGUUUGUCAAACAGUCCUGAUGUCUGCCGGAAUUUUACUCUUAUUCAUUUCUCGUAAUAUUCUUGUGAUAGUAAUUUUCAAGCUUUGACUGUUAAGUGAGGACAUGAAAUCAAUUUUGAUUCAGUGACAAUAGAGUUACUGGAUUAAUAUUGAUAUUUUUAAUGAAGAAAGAUUUAGUGAAUAGACUUCUGUGUAUUUUGAAGAGUUUUAAUUGCUUGUUUGCAAGUUUGUUCAGCAGAGAGAAACACCUCUGAACAACUUCCUGCUUCAGAAGAGGAGAAUGUGAUUUGGAAUUGUACAAGUUAGUGAUUAGAAUUGUCUCUCAGUGAAGUAGGUACAGGCAAUAAAAUGCUAAUGGGAGAGUGGAGAAAGGAAUCAAACCAGUCUCCAGAAACAUUAUUGUUGAGGGAUAUUGGACACAAAAUUCAUUUAACAACAAUUUAAAAUAGAAUUGCAGUGAAAAAUGAAAAGUUUUCUACUUUGAUAUGUGGAAGUAAUAGGAAGAAAAUGUAAAAACCUUGAAGUAACUCUCAAAGUAUCUUCAACAUGGGCACUGGAACUUGUAAGUUUUCGUUGUUAGCAAUUGUAUACCAUGUACAAUUGUACCACUCCUUCGGUACACAUGGCCUAAUUGUAUGUUUAAUUACAAUAUGCGUCAUAAAUACAUUGUGACAUUAAUAUGUUAUGAACCUGGCUGAUGGAAAAUAAAUUUAACAGGAGCA